AAAUAAACGUAUAAAUAAGAAAAGAAUAACGCUUCAGUCAUUAAAUAAAAAGCUUUACGAGAGGUUUCUUAUUAAGAUUCAAGUGUUAUUAUAAAAAAAUGCAGAUUUUUGUUAAAACUCUAACAGGGAAAACCAUCACCUUGGAAGUUGAAGCUGCUGAUACUAUUGAAAAUGUGAAAGCAAAAAUUCAAGAUAAAGAAGGUAUCCCACCAGACCAACAGCGUUUGAUUUUUGCUGGUAAACAGUUAGAAGAUGGCAGAACACUGAGUGAUUAUAACAUUCAAAAAGAGUCAACCCUUCACCUUGUUCUUCGAUUAAGAGGUGGUAUGCAAAUAUUUGUUAAAACUUUAACUGGCAAAACCAUUACAUUGGAGGUUGAACCUGCUGAUACUAUUGACAAUGUGAAAGCUAAAAUCCAAGACAAAGAAGGUAUCCCACCAGAUCAACAACGUUUGAUUUUUGCUGGUAAACAGUUAGAAGAUGGCAGAACAUUGAGUGAUUAUAACAUUCAAAAAGAGUCAACCCUUCACCUUGUUCUUCGAUUGAGAGGUGGUAUGCAAAUAUUUGUUAAAACUUUAACUGGCAAAACCAUUACAUUGGAGGUUGAACCUGCUGAUACUAUUGACAAUGUGAAAGCUAAAAUCCAAGACAAAGAAGGUAUCCCACCAGAUCAACAACGUUUGAUUUUUGCUGGUAAACAGUUAGAAGAUGGCAGAACACUGAGUGAUUAUAACAUUCAAAAAGAGUCAACCCUUCACCUUGUUCUUCGAUUGAGAGGUGGUAUGCAAAUAUUUGUUAAAACUUUAACUGGCAAAACCAUUACAUUGGAGGUUGAACCUGCUGAUACUAUUGACAAUGUGAAAGCUAAAAUCCAAGACAAAGAAGGUAUCCCACCAGAUCAACAACGUUUGAUUUUUGCUGGUAAACAGUUAGAAGAUGGCAGAACCCUGAGCGAUUAUAACAUUCAAAAAGAGUCUACUCUCCAUCUAGUUCUUCGAUUAAGAGGGGGAUAAAAAUUGUUUCUAACAGUGUAAAUUUUUUGACAUAAUAUUUGCUUUUGCUUGUUUCA